AUGAGCUCUCCUCCUCGUGGCCAAUCAGAAUCCUCUGCCUCACAACAAAGCCCGAUCUAUGCACCAGCAGCAGACGAUGAAUGGGAGGACGAUGACGACAUGGAUUUCGAGGACGAAGAUGGCACCGAAUACGCAACGGGAGAUGAAAUUUACUUUCCUGGAUCGGAAGACAUAGAGGAGACCGAGUUCUAUGACGCCGACGAGGGACUCGGACCCGUCCUGAUAGACUUCGAGACGACCGACGACGACGACGACGAAGGCAGAGAAACAACGGCAGGCGCUGAAUCAACAUCUAACGAGAAUGAGGAGGAGUCAUCACAGGCAGAGACGGCACGACCACAGCCUGCGAGGCAAACCAUCCAUCUCACACAACAGCAGAUUCUACAACUCAUCGGAAACACUGGCCUACGAGGACUUUUUGCGAACGUCGUUGGUCAGCAACGAGGAGGUGGUCUUGUUGCCGACGACGACGAUGACGACGACUACGAGGACGACUCCUACCUUGGCUGGCGCGCCAUGGGCAGAAGGACUAGACGGCCUAAAAGAGAAGGCUCUGGGUAUCCCAAAGUCCCCAGCGAGGCGGGCAAGAAGCUAAUGGAAUCUGGUACAUUUGGCACUACCGAGCGUCCACGAGGAACAUUUGGACGUAAGAGGAAGCUCGCAUAUCGGAACAUGAUGCGUGAGCUUGGAGUGGGUGGCUACGGUGCUCAGAAGAGUGCCAACAAGCUCAUAUCCCAGACCAUGAUACCCUCAACACAGGCCGACAGCAUCAUCAAUUACAACCACCGAUGUUAUUCUGGCCAGUUUUCCGACGAUGGCAACUUCUUCUUCUCGUGCGCGCAGGACUUCAAGGUUCGCAUGUAUGAUACUUCGAACCCAUACAGAUGGAAGUACUAUAAGACGGCGCACUAUUAUGGCGGUCAAUGGACUAUUACCGAUGCGACUCUGAGUCCGGACAACAGAUUCCUCGCUUAUAGUUCUAUCAGAAGCGCCGUAUGUCUGUCUCCUACAGAUCCCGACAACACCAUGGACCCUACAGUGCUCGACUUUGCCGAUAUGGGACAGGCCAGAAGAACUGGACGUGGCUGGGGCCACUUUGGUAUCUGGUCUCUGCGCUACUCUGGCGAUGGACGUGAAAUCGUUGCCGGCACUUCAGACUCAAGUGUCUACGUGUAUGACAUUGAAACUCGGCAAUCUAUACUCAGAAUCCAUGGCCACAGAGACGACGUCAAUGCCGUCUGCUACGGCGACAAAAGCUCGCCACAUAUUCUUUACUCUGGAUCAGACGAUACCACAUUAAAGGUCUGGGAUCGACGAUCAAUGGGUGACGGUCGUGAAGCUGGUGCCUUUGUUGGCCAUACCGAGGGUAUCACAUACAUUGAUAGCAAGGGUGAUGGCAGAUAUGUGCUCAGCAAUGCCAAGGACCAGACAAUGAAGCUAUGGGACUUGCGUAUGAUGAUGUCGACCGAGAGAUUCGACAAGAUCGAUCCAGAAGAGCACACGACGGGCUUCGACUAUCGAUUUGCACCUUAUGAUGAAGAAGAGUACGAAGCUCAUCCUCACGACUGCAGUCUGGUCACUUUCCGCGGCCACAAGGUACUCAAGACGCUCAUCAGAUGCCACUUCUCACCACCAGGCAGCACAGACGGUCGAUACGUGUACAGUGGAAGUCACGACGGCUCGGUCUACAUCUGGAACAUGGAUGCCACAUUAGCAGGCAAGAUCGAUGUGCUGGAAGCAACGAGGAACUCACGACCCGAACGAGAUGAGAGAUACGUGGAUCGCUGGGAGCACGGUGGUGGACGCAGCCAAUGGAGCACCAUUGUUCGAGACGCGAGUUGGCAUCCCACUGCACCAGUUGUCGCUGCAACGUCAUGGAACGGAUGGGACCACGGUUUAGGAACAUGUACAGUUCACAGCUGGAACGACGGCAACACCUCAGACGAGGGCGAGCCCAAGAUGGGAGCACGACUCAAUCCACAACUUGAGCAAGACAGCCGAUACUACGAGAACACUGCUACCACCGGCCGAAGCACAUCUUCACGCCGGUCGAGGUUUGUCACCAGGGCACAGAUGGCUCGAAACGAAGAAGAGGAAGAGUAG